AUGCAAGCAUACGUUUAUUACAGAUUUUCUAACCUUAAUAGUCGUCAAAUUUAACGCUUAAUAUCUCGGUUCGGAGAGCAGAGCGACACUUUUUAUUGCCAGAUUCGUUUGUUUCGUGCAAAAACGCAUCGAAUGAGAGUAUUUUUAUCAACAUUUGAACUGAGCAGGAUAUUCUAUACACAACUGUCGAUAGCUAGAUCGUUGCCGAGCCGCGAUUGUGUUGCCGUUUAUGUCAUAGGCGUAGGUAACAAUAAUGAACAAAUUAAACGUAUCAUCGAACGUUGAUUUGGACGAUCCAAGAUUUCGUAUCAGACCGUAUCAACAAAUCGUGGCUUCUUGCACUGGUGCAUUUAUUACAUCGGUGUUUGUGACUCCAUUGGAUGUGGUAAAAAUACGUCUUCAAACACAACAGAAAGCGAUGCUUUCAAAUAAAUGUUUUUUAUAUUGCAAUGGUUUAAUGGAUCAUUUAUGUCCUUGUACCAAUGGUAAAAUGCCUGACUGGAUGAAAAGAAAUAGAAAAUUUAAUGGAACAUUUGAUGCUUUAUUAAAAAUAAGUGAAACAGAAGGUAUAGCAUCAUUAUGGAGUGGCUUGAGUCCUACUCUUGUUCUAGCUAUACCUGCAACUGUAAUUUAUUUUGUUUCAUAUGAACAAUUAAGAUUAUAUUUGAAGGAUACAUAUAAUAGAGAAUUUAAAAAAAAGGGAACCAACAUGGAACAACCUUUCUGGAUUCCUAUAUUAGCUGGUGGCAUAGCACGAAUUUGGGCUGCAACAUUGGUGAGUCCAUUGGAGUUGAUAAGAACAAAAAUGCAAUCACAGAAACUAAGUUAUGCAGAAAUAACACAGACAUUAAAAAUAGUUGUGAGAUAUAGCGGUAUUUCUGGCUUGUGGAUGGGAUUGAGUUCAACUCUUCUUCGUGAUGUUCCUUUUAGCGCUAUAUAUUGGUUAAAUUAUGAAACUAUAAAGAGAUUGUAUAGCUCACAGCAAACUUUUACUUUUAAUUUAGCAGCAGGAGCUGUAGCUGGAUCUAUAGCAGCGUUUUUCACUAUUCCCUUUGAUGUAGUAAAAACACAUAGACAAAUUGAAAUGGGCGAAAGAGAAAUUUAUUCAGAUAAACCUAUUCGCAGCAGUACUACAUGGACUAUAAUACAAAGGAUCUAUUAUCAGAAUGGAUUGAAAGGUUUAUUCACAGGACUAAUACCACGUUUGGUGAAAGUGGCCCCAGCCUGUGCAAUUAUGAUUGCGACUUUCGAACAUGGCAAGCGUUUCUUUCAAUCAUAUAAUGCUAAAAAAGCUAUUGAAUUUGAAAUUGGACAUGAUAUACAUUUAUUGCAACAUAAACCUAAUAGUACAAAAUGAUGAAAAGUACAAAUGAAAGAAAAAUUAUAUGCUAAAUA